CCUGAACAGUAAUCUGCCUGUGAGCAGCAGAUAGAUUCUCAUUGUUUGCCAUUUCCAGUUUCCAGUAAUGGGAACUAUUACUUGAUCUAGCCAGUUUCUGUUGAAGAUCUGGGAAAACUUAGAAUUUUAAUGGCAAAAUUUUAUCCAUUUCCAUAAAACAACAACAGAAAAAACCAUAACCUGUUUUUAGUAGCUGGAGGCAUCACCUCUGAUGAUGAAUAUUGUUUUAUUUUGGAAUUAAGUGUCUGUUCUUCAGGAACGAGAUGUAUCUUGCUCUUCUGGUGAUUUUCUUGCAGUGUUCAGAACUUUACACUCAGGAGAGAGUUUUUACUUUCAACACAGUUGAAAUCAAGGUUCAGCCAUCUGUCAAAGUAAAGAAUGGAGCUCCUAUGUCAAUUGUCUGCCAUGCUGACAUUAGCAAAAGUACUGAUUUCCAGCUGAAGCAUAAUUUUACAAUUUUUAAGGAUGGCAAGCUUGUGUUCAUGACUGUAUCAGACAAACGAGAUGCACAGUAUGAAAUAUCUAUGGCCAGAUCCUCAGAUACAGGAGAGUAUGAAUGUACUGUGGAAGCAGGCGGAAAGACAAAAUCUAGUAACUCCUUACAUGUUUGGGUAACAGGAAUGACCAAGCCAAUCCUGACUGCUGAGAAAAAGGAAGUUUUAGAGGGUGAAGUUGUGAAAUUACGUUGUGAGCUGCCAGAAGAAGUACCUCCUUUGCAUUUCUUUUUCCGGAAGAUAAAGAUGAAUUCAACACCUAAAGAAAAACAUGUAUUUGAACCAUACAGAAAUUUUUCUGUAGUGGAAUUUUCUGUUGAAGAGGGAGAUAAUAUUUUACAAUUUGAUUGCUUUGGUAAGAGAAAUGUAAAACUUGAAUUUGAAAGCUCAGUACACAGCAACAAAACACUUGUUACAGUCAGGGAACCAUUUAUAAAGCCUACUCUGAAUGCCAAGCCGUCAAGCAAUAUUACAGAAGGAGACAGAAUACAGUUUGAAUGCUCAACUGUGGUAGCCCGAAUGCGUGGCAUUGAAAUCAUACUCCAGAAAAACAGAACAAUACUGAACAGUGUACGAGAUGAGAGACUUUUGAAAUACUCUGCAGUAGCUACUCUAGAGGACAGUGGUGAAUACCUGUGUAAGGUGGAGCAAGGGAGAGCAUCUAAAACCACCAAACUGAAUGUUGUUGUGUCAGAGUUAUUCCCCAAGCCAAUAUUGGCUGCUUCUAUGAGUAAGCUGGAUGAAAAUAAAGAGUUAACUUUGAAUUGCAACAUUAGUGUUUUUCGGAAAGCUAACUUCUCUAUAUUACGGAAAAAUUCAAAUGGAGACAUCUGGUUGACAAAUUCUAGAAACUUAACAAUGAGAGUUAAUGUGAAUGAUACUGGAUCCUAUAUCUGUAAAGCUGAAGUAAAAGGAAUAGUCAAGGAGAGCAAACCUGUAAGGAUAAAUGUUUAUGCUCCAGUCUCCAAGCCAACUCUUUCCGUUGUCAGUGGUUUACCGGAGGUGGUGUUAGGGAAGCCUCUACGGUUAAUCUGUCAUUCAGUGAUGGGAACACCGCCAAUAACAUUCACGUUCUACAAAGGAAAUGAAGUUAAGAAAAGAGUAACUAAUGAUACAUAUGCUACGUUCUUGGAUGAAAAUAUUAGACAAAAUGACAAAAGAGGAUACAAAUGUGAUGCUAGAAAUAAUCAUUCCAGUGGUAUGAAAACUAGCAAUAUUCUAAACAUCACAGUAAUAGUACCAAUCAGGAAUGCCAGCUUGGGCAGUAUUCCAUAUGGAGAAGUGGAAGAUGGCAGUGAGACUGCUUUUCUCUGCUCUGUGAAAGAAGGAUCUUGGCCAAUCCACUUCAGGAUUUUUAGAAAAACUGAUCAUGAAGUUCUUGUGUUUGAAAAAAGUGAAAAUGCAAACAGCAUCGUGUGGCACAAGAAAACAAUGAACAGGCAGGACACAGGCACAUAUUACUGCAUGGCUUCUAAUAAAGCUAAUGUGGAUGUGAAAAGCCAUCCCAUAACGAUCAGUGUCAUCUUAGCGGCUUGGCAGAAAGGAGUCAUUGCUGCAUUUGUCCUAAUACCUAUCGCAGGAGCAGUAACUCUCACUUUAUGGUGGUUUUUGUGUAAGAAGAAAAAGGCUAAAGGACCAUCCAUGGAGAUGUCUGGUUCUGCCUUGGCUACAAACUUGACAAGUGAAAAACUGACAAGACAACACAAUGAUGGAGACUACUAUUCAGGAUCAGGUUACAUUGAAGAUAGUGAAAAUCACAUGAAAUCAACAGAUGAGAGUAAAGGACCUGACCUUGAGAGUGCUGAGGUGGAGUACACUGAAGUUGAAGUAUCAACGCUUGAUCCUCACAGAGCUCCUGUACAGAAGGGGACUGAAACAGUUUAUAGUGAAAUCAGAAAAGCUAAUAAUGAUUCUGUGGAAAACAGGCAUUCUAGAAUACAAGGGCAUCCUGAUGCUACUUAGAACAGUCAUCUCAAACAUCAGCUGGGAGAAGAAAACAAGCCAAGAUGGAAGAUGUUGCAAAUGUUUCAAAAGCUCUGCAGCACUUAUUUAUGAGUUUGCCAGGCUCUUUUCAAAGCUUGUUUCCUCAGGGGGAACAAUAGAGAUAUUCCUAAAGCAUUUAAUGGAAAAAAUUACGAACAAAAAUUCUCAUAGGAAAGUGGCUCUAGAAACCACUGACCUAGGUUCCCAUCUUUAAUUUCUCCUGCUAAUGCAAUUUUGCCUUUCUAGCCUCCAAUUCAUCAUGCUCUGAGGAAAUAAAAGGGGAAGCUACAGCUGAGGAAGUACAUUUCUACAGUGCAGUAACUACUGUGAUGCUAGUAGGAUGUAGAAAUAUCUAAGCUUGCUUUAAACUAGCUAACUUGGUUAUCAGUAACACUCUACUGUGGCAGAUCAGAGCUCAGCGCAGCUUGGCCAGCCAUGCUAUGUACUUUGACAUGAUCUUGCAGCUUGUGCUGAACUCACUGUGCCGCAGCAGCUGGACUGCUACCAGUCUUAGGGCCAGCUAAUUUAUAGCUCACUUGGACACUACACUGCAAUGAGGGCCUAAUGGAAAAGCGAGCUCUGGGCUCUCUAAAAACUUGAAUAACUGUUCAGAGAUUCAGUACUUUACCAAGUGCUUCUAUCAGUAGAGGCACAAAUAUUCUUUAUUCUUCGCUAAAUUGCUUUUCCCCUUUAAAAGUUCUGAUGCUUGUUGGUUAAUUUGGUGUGAUGGUUCUUCAAAGAAUGAUUGCCCAUCACAGUUAUUUUGGAUGAUGCAAAAUAUAGGUCUUGAGUGGGUGGAUAUACUACACCCAGGUCAGUGAGUUUGUACCUGAAAAUCCUGUUAUGUAUAAUCCUUAUUCCUUUGAUUUUAGGAGAGAUCUGAAGUUGUACUUGUGUCCAGUUUGUCCAGUAUGGAACUCCAUGCCUAUCCUUUUUCUCUAUAGUAUGAUAAACCACUAACAUGGAUCCAGUUUGGACCUGGAUCUAAUCUUUGCAGCCCAUGUUUAUCUCAGUUGCAUUAAUUUAAAAAAAAAAGAACGCAAAGCAAAACAGAAAAAGUACUGUCCCCAACCCCUUAACCAGCUGGUCUUUGACACUGCAAUUGCUCUCCUUUUCUUACUGCAGAUUAAAGUACUACACGAUCUGGGCCACAGGUAAGAAGGUUCUUGUUUUAAUUAGAAAACAGUGAAAGAGAGGACAUGGAUUUGUAUAUACAUAUAUAGUUACUGCUUUAAGCAUUGCAUCAAAGGUGCAAAACCAGCAAGAAGUACAAAAGGAUUUUACAUCCUCAUUCCAAACAUUUAAAUUUUCAAGCUCCAGUUACUGGCUAAUAUCUCUAAUUUAUUGUUCCCUAUGCAAAUGUUGUUUUUUAUCAAAAGCCUUUCACAAAUGACUGACUUCAUAGCACUCUUCUGUUGAGAAAUGUUCAUUCUAGCAUCCCAUGAGUGUCCAUACAAUGCGUUAGUAUAAGGAAUGUGAAAAGGUAUUUUAAUAAAGAAAACUCUGAAUUGAACUUUG